AUGAACGACCAAUUCUUCCUCAGCGCGACCAUCUCCAGAUCACCCCAUCAAGCCCGAUCAGCCUUGCGCGAGGCCAUCCCCGCCCUCUCCUCUCGCGGUUUGUUGGCUGCAUCGAAAUGGGCGGCCGAACUACUUGUUGCUGUUCGGCGAUCGACUGGUUCAGACCAUGGACUGGACAAUCAACGUGUAGAUUUAGAAGACUCCCUCAUGGCAGAAGCACCUUCCUUGGAUCCGGGUCCAUCCAAGCAGGCCGGAUGGAGCCCUAAAGCCAAGGAAUCUUCCGAAUUCGCUGAAAGUCGCUUUGAAUCUCGCCUCGCGGAUGAGGAUACCUACUUGGUUGGGAAAGCCUACUUCGACGUCAAGGAAUAUGAUCGCGCCGCGAUCGCUUUGAAAUCCAUCAGACGUGGCCCUGGGCGGUUCCUGGGACUCUAUGCGCGUUUUCUGGCGAUCGAAAAACGAAUCAACGAUAUUUCAGGACCUCCGCUCGCAAGUCGAGAUCACCAGCGGAAAUUCACAACCCAGCAUCGCGAUUUACUUAGGGAUAUCCAGCCAUCUAUUGACCCAUUUGAUUUAUAUUUAAAGUCAAUUUUACUCUCCCGUGGUGGAUAUCGAUUGGAAGCUAUCGACGCCUUAGUUCAUUCGAUCAACUUACAUCAAUACAAUUGGAGCGCAUGGAAGCUACUUCAGAAGCUCAUCGAAGGCGCCGACGAGCUUGAAACAGUCAUUCCCAAGCUCCCCCGCGAUGGGUUUAUGAGUCGUUUUUUCUUCGUGCACGCUACUCUAGAGACUCAUACUGCGGGUAACGGCGAUUCACUAGCGAAAGUAGUUGAAGAGCUUAAAGAACUGUUCCCAAGCUCUUUGUUCCUCAAAAGCCAGCAAGCCUUGAUUGCAUAUCACGUUCGAGACUUCGACACAGCAGAGACGAUCUUCGACAGCAUCUAUGAAGCCGAUGCCUACCGCGUUGAAGACGUGGACACCUAUUCGAACAUUUUGUAUGUGAUGGACAAGCGAGCCAAGUUGACGGGUUUGGCUCAGCAUUACGCUGGUGGUGUCGAAAGUUCAGGAGGCGAUCGAAUGAGACCGGAAGUAUGCUGUUUGCUGGGUAAUUAUUGGAGUUUGAGCGGUGAACAUGAAAAGGCAAUCAUCGAAUUCAAGCGCGCUUUGCGCCUCGAUCCUGGCUACUUGAGCGCUUGGACAUUGAUGGGCCACGAAUAUGUAGAAAUGAAGAACACGUAUGCUGCUAUUGAAUCAUAUCGUCGUGCCAUUGAUGCGAACUCCAAAGACUAUCGUGCAUGGUACGGGCUUGGACAAACGUACGAGGUAUUGGAUAUGCUUAGUUACUCGCUCUAUUACUACCAGCAAGCGACUGCUCUUAAGCCAUAUGAUACACGCAUGUGGCUAGCGCUUGCACAAGUCUACGAGAAAUUGGGGCGAAGAAGAGAAGCUCGAAUGACGACAAAGCGUGCCUUAAUGAAUGCCCAGCCUCAUGCCGGCCUCGGUGGUCAAGAAGAUUUCGCGAUCCUCCUCAAGCUGGCCGAGUUAUAUGAUGCGGAUGGCAUCGUGGCUGAAGCAGCCAAAUACCAUAAAAGGUUCAUCGAUGAAAGUUUAGAGUUGGAAGGCGGACCAACAGUUGCACUUGCUAAAAGUUUGCUCUACCUGGCCAAGCACGAAAUUAGUAUUAACACUAAUGCGCCUAAUGGAGAUUUUUCGAACGCCAAGGAAUACUUGACGACUCUGGUUCGGAUGAAUGUGGAUGAAAAGGAAGAUGCCAAGGGCCUUUUACGAAGGUUGCAAGCUCUAGAUCUCAAAUCAACGCAAGCAUAG